AGAAUUUCCUAGAUCACGCGCAGUGUUUUCUUCCUUCUUUCCAGCUUAAGCUCUACCUCUCUAGACCCUCGCUAAAGCCCUCUUCAACUUCCUAUAAAUUACCCAAAUAGCCGUCUGAUAGCAGCGAUCAUAUAAAAAAUAUCUAAUUGAUCUUCUCAUCUCUGUGAGAGCCCGCUAUAAAUCAAGAAAUUGAGCCUUGUCCGCAAUCGGCGAGAAGUAGAAUUGAUCUUCUGGUCUGAGUUUGAGCAAGAAAUCAAGAUGUGUUUAGUGUUUGUUUGUGAUGAAGAUGAGAGGGUGGUAGGAAGACAGAUAGCGCCUGGAGCAUGUCCAUACUGUGGAGGGAUGAUUCAGGCGAUGGAUGUAGAGAGCCAGUGGAGGUUCUGUUUCUUGCCUCUUUACUUCAAGACUAAAAGGAGGUAUCAUUGCUCUGUUUGUUCUAGACGCUUGGUGCUCCAGUACUAGAGUUUUCUCUGUUUUAUGUACAUAAUACGUUUGUUGAGUUUGAAUUAGGUUUUUUUUGUUAAAUCUCACUUUUGAUAUUGAUUUCGUCGAUUUGGCGGUGGAGUAAUUGUUGGAAAUUUCUUUGUGUU